AUGAAUGCCGAUGAUGUUAAGAAGAUUAUUGACGCCUAUCAGAAGAAACUUGACAGAUUCGGCAACGAUAACGAUCUUCUGGAAAUCGGAAACGGAUUAGAUGAAAAAUCAAUAAAAGCUUAUUUAGAUUUUGCGAUACAGAACGAUAUUCAGCCAGAUGUUGUUCUUCGAGCCAUACUAGAAUCCAUUCCAGAAGAGAAAAGGAACCUAACCAUUUCAACUAUCAAAUGUUCUUUACAAAACAUCAUAAAAUGGAAGUUCAGUUCACCAGAGAAAGGCGAUUUAUUCUCUACAGUACUCAGAAAGCUGAUUCCACAGAUCUGUGCUCCUAAAAUGAUAUCAAAAAUGAUGGAUGUUAUUUGGGAGCAAGCAAAGAAGAUAAAUCCCGAAAAAGAGAACUACGAAUUGAUAGAAGAAAAGCUUAUCUCCAUCAUACCAGCAUUAUUCAACAAAUUAUACAAUGAAAAUGUCAAAAUCACUUCAGGCGAAGAAGAGAAGUCAAGCAAAGACAUUUGUCAAGAGUUUAUCAACAAAAUAUUCGAUGACCAACCUCCUCUUUCUUUACUUCCUUAUCUUGCCGACUUAUUUUCCGAAAUUCCUAUGAAAGAAGCCGAUCUCGAGCGAAUGAUCGACCACAUCAACAGCCAAUCGUAUUUCAGUGAUCUCCCGGACAUUGCUCUUAAGAUUUUCCAACCAUUGAGGCAAUCCAAGAAACUCACACCCAAAUGCAUGAAAUCCAUUUUAAAUGCAGCGAUCAGAAUCGAUAGAGACAGUCGUGCAUCAACAAGAGACACUCAAACAAUGGAAGGUAAGCUUAUUAAGAACAUUUCUUUAGUAGCAUCAACAUCGAGACCAGUUUUAGAUAGUGUUACAUCUAUAUUAUGUUCAAAAACAGAAUUGAAUUCUCAUUUCACUCCUUUUGCUGUUUCUUUGAGUUUAUAUUUAUCAAGGAUGAGAACAAAGAUAUAUGAUUCAUUGUAUAGUAAUUUUGAGCAACAGUUAAAAGACGAACAGAUGAGAACAGUAUCAAGAUAUUUAAGACAUGUUUAUAAUUUGUUUAAUGAAGAAUUACAUGAAAUACCAAUUGAAUCUGUAAUUAUUGAAACUGUUCAAUUGACACAUCAUUCUUUGGAAUCAAAUAUCAGAUUUUUAAUCGAAUUCGCUUUCAACUUAGUUGAUAAAGCUCCUCAAUACGAUUCCAGUUUGAAGAGAUUGCCAUCAAAAAUACGUGAAAGCUCUUCACAAUUCGUAACUCCAGCGUAUAGACAAGUAGAAAUUGGCGUGAAAAUAUUGGAUCAAUGUACAAAAGUUUUCCCUGUCGAAUGCCCUGAAAUUUUUCGACAAAUUGUACAAAGAUUAUUAUUAAAAAUGCCAAAUUGUGUUUCUUUGAUUCGUUGUUUGAAUUCUCCUGAUAAUCCACAUUUAGCCGCUGAAUUUUUGGUAGAUAUCAUUGAACAGAUGCAGCACAUUGACUUAAAUACUUUGGAACAAGUAAUGAGAGUUGCUAUUCCAAAGAUAAUUGAUGACCAAGCAUUGGUCGAUAGGGUUGUGAUGUCAAGUAGAAAAAGUUUUUGUAAUAGAAGUGAAUCUUCUAAAUUGAAUGGUUUAGCUUGUAUGUUUUAUUUAAUACAGCCAAGAGCUGAACAAACAUUUACACAGGCUUUCAUUACAAAUCACAUAACAAAUAAUAGAUUGGAAAGUGUUUGUAAUGAAGAUUUACAAUUUGAAAUUUUUUCAUUGAUACAAAGAGGAUUUUUCCAAUCCCCACAAGUACAAGCUGACACAUCAAUGUUUAUUCCUCUCUUGUUACAACAAAAUAUUUCUUUGGCUGAUAACGCGUGUAAUAUGUUCGACCAAUUAAUUUCUGAUGUUUACAAAAAAGAUCAGGAAUUUCCUUUGGAUAUUUCCAAGAAUUUGCCGUAUCUUUUGCAGUCAAUCGCUGAUACUUUGUUCAUUCUUCCUGAUAACGUUGCUGACCAGGAAAAUUGGCAGAAUUUGACAGAAAUUUUCAAUGAAAUAACCGAAAAAGUGUCAAAAGUUGAAUUAGUUGUUUAUACUGAAGAAAUGAAAGUUUUAGGAAAACCCGAAGAAAGAGAUAUUAUUUGUGCGGUUUUGGCGGUUUUAUUCAAUUAUUCAAUAAGAACAAACGUAACAACUGCUUUAGAAUUAUUCAACACAUAUGAUAGGUUGAAUCACAAGAUUGCAGAAAGUGAGAGAUUGAGGAAAGACAAAGAAAUGAGGUCGAAUUAUUCAUUUAAAUUCUCUUUGAACAUUGAAUUACUGAAAACAAUGUAUAAAUUGUUGAAAGGUGACAACACUGAUAUUACUAAACAUUAUGGAAUACAGUUGUAUGUUUUGGAAAGAACGAAAGAAGUAAUAAAUGAUGUACCUGUUUUAAGGUUAGAAUACAGAAUGAACAGAUUGAAAUUGGCUUUGGAUUUGGGUGAAAUGACUAUUGAUGCAAUGGAUAAGAUUGAAUGGUUGGAUGCACCAUCUGGAAUGAAAAACGCUCAAUGUUUGACAGAAAUUUUGACAGAUAAUUUCAAGAAAUUGUUCAGUUUCGUGUUUGAAACUUAUGAUAGAAAAACUGUUGAAUCAUUUUUGGAAAAAUCGAAGUUGUUGACACCAGGAAAAGGUAUAAAAUCAGCACAAAGAAACAUCUUUUCUAAUGUUAAAAUGUUCUUAGAAAAGAACCAAACGAAAUGCGCAGACAAUUUCUGUAAAAUACUGGAAAAUUUGAGUUUCUUCGAUGUAAAUGAUCCGAAAUUAUUUGAAAGCAUCACAAAAUUAAUGUCUAAACUCAUUGUAAGGAAUACAACACAGUCAUUCCACAUCAUCAGACUCGCAAGAUGUUUUUGCCCUGGUGCAAGAUUGGAUUGGCUGAAAAUGGCGUCAGAUUCUAUCGUGGAAAGGUUGUUAGAUGAAGAAGGUCAAACUUCAGCUCCGUUGCAUGAAAUAAUUCAAUGUGUCAGCGGUUUGACAGGUGAAGUGAACUGGGGAUUGGGAACUUGGAUUUCCAAAGUUAACUCAAUCAAUUCUGAAAAAACGUACAAAAUAAUCGACGAAUUUGCCACUUUUAUGACAGAUUUAAGUGGAAUUGGCAUAAAACUGAUGGAAGUUGAUUACACGAGGUUGCAGAUGAAAUACUACGAAGAAAUGUUGAAAUUCUUGAGAGAUUAUGUUAAAGUUAUCAACAAAUUCAUCAAGAAAGUUGAAGAAUUGAAAGUGACAGAAGACGAAGAAUUCGUUGAACUCCUCAAAAUUUCAACAGGAAAAUUCGGAGAAAUGGCUGGUCAGUUCACUUUUAAGAGUCAACCAAAAAGUGACCCAGAUAAAAGUGCCAAACAAAAUGAGUUUGAUGCCAAAUUUGCUCCACAACUUAUUUUCGAGAUCGAGAAGAUGAUUGUCAACACACGUAAAUUGAUUGACAAGAAAUUAAUUGAAGAUAUUUCUGAUGAUUUCUGUCGAUUAAAGAACGCUGAUGUGAAGAUCAGGAGACCUUCAAAGAAGAAGCAAAAGAAGGUCGAAGAAGAAGAAAAUGAAGAACAAAACAAGACAGAAGAUGAAAACAGAACAGAAGACGAGAAUAAAACAGAAGAUGAAAAUAAAACUGAGGACGAACAAAACACAGAAAGUCACACAGAAGAUGACAAAAAUAAGACUGAAGAUGAUGAAAAAGGUGAUGAAGAUGAAGAGGAUGAUAUUCAACACGGUCAAAAAUCAAGACAGGAUGAUGAUGACUCGGAAGACGAAGACAGUAUUGUUGAUUGA